ACAAAGAGAUGAGAGCGCAGUCUGUGUGGCUGGCUGCAAAGGGGGACGCGAGAAAAAGAAAUAAAUUGUUCCAGAAGACAGAGGUUUCUGCUGCAGCUGUUAAGUCACUGGCCAACAAAGACGUUAUUAACAGGACAAAAGACUAAAAGGAAACUACCACAACUGACUACCUGAAAACAAAAAAAGGGUAUCACACAAAAUACAGUGGGAAGAGAACAGGACCUUUCUUUCCUUUUGUUAGGAUGCUAAUUUUGCCAACAUUUAAAAAAAAGGCUCAUCACUGAAGAUUUUCAUUUCAUCAGUGAGAGAAAGGGAGCGCUCUCCGGCAAUCUUUUCUUCCUCCAAUCGCCUCCCCCCUCCCCUUGGAGCAAUCAACGGAUUAUUGCUAACUGUGCGGGAGGCAGCCUGCAGCUGCUGCGUCUACUGGUGGAGAACUGGCAAGUUAAGCUGCUGACUGCAAUAUGCUGCUCGUAGCUGUUUUUAAAAUCAGCCGAUGCUGGCAGAGAGGAGAGUGAAAUAGAUUAGCGAGCAAAGCUACACCAAGAAAGAGACUGGUAACGGCGGCGGAGAGAGGUGGGAGAAAAAGAAACAGAGGAAGCGCUCCACACAAAGCAGAGCGCCUGGAUGCUUUAUCAGCGAUGGAGUGCACUCGACAGCAUUCUCAACUCAGAGGACAAAAACCGCGACUGUUGAUGGCGCUGCUCUCUGGGGCAGAGAGGAUGCAUGCACCUGCGUAGCCAAUUGGGCCUCACCUCUGUUGGUCCUUUCUACUGGUUUGGAUUUAUUAGGAGCCAUUUUGCGAACCCUUUAUUUUUUUAAAGGAAGAGGAGAAAAUAGCACUAGUAUCUAGUGCAUGAAAACCAGGGACUGCACUUUUGUCGAGGUAGGUGUGACAGGCCGUCCUCAUUGCAUCGCUCUCCUCUCUUUCCCCAACCCCACCCCCUCCCCUUUUCAGUGUCGAUCGCUACAGGCACUGGUAGCCUGCUGUGCCGGGGUAGAGCCGAUUUUCAAAUCAGUGCCGUUCCCAGACUAUGGUGAAUUAUGAAUGUGCCACAUCAUGAAUCUCUUGUGGCAGGUAACUGUGCAUCACACCUGGAAUGCUGCCCUGGUUCUUCUUGUCUACCUCACGGUACGGAUGUGGAGUAUGUGCGAAGCAUCAAACAGAGAACAGAGUUGUCCAGAAAUCUGCUCCUGCAGUAAUCACUUCAGCAAAGUGGUCUGCACUCGCCGUGGACUCAAGGAGGUCCCUCAAGGGAUCCCUUCUAAUACCCGGUACCUCAACCUCAUGGAAAACAACAUCCAGCUUAUAAAGGCAGACACCUUUCGACAUCUGUACCACAUGGAGGUCUUACAGCUCGGCCGGAAUUCCAUCCGGCAAAUAGAGGUUGGUGCAUUUAAUGGACUGACUAGCCUUAACACACUGGAGUUGUUUGAGAAUAGACUGACUGUGAUACCAAGUGGCGCAUUCGAGUCCUUUUCAAAACUGCGUGAAUUGUGGCUCAGGAACAAUCCCAUCGAAAGCAUUCCAUCAUAUGCUUUUAACAGGGUGCCAUCCCUGCUGCGCCUGGAUCUGGGGGAGCUUAGAAAACUAGAAUACAUUUUGGAUGGUGCUUUCGAGGGCUUAAUUAACUUAAAAUACCUUAACCUGGGGAUGUGCAACCUGAAGGACAUGCCAAAUCUCACACCACUGGUGAGGUUAGAAGAGCUGGAAAUGUCCAGUAACCAUUUCCCUGCAAUUAAACCAGGAUCAUUUCAGGGGCUUAAAUCAUUAAAAAAGCUCUGGCUGAUGAAUUCGCAAGUCAAUCUGAUUGAGCGGAAUGCCUUUGAUGACCUCACUGCACUAGUGGAACUAAAUCUGGCCCACAAUAACCUUACUUCACUGCCACAUGAUCUGUUUGCACCACUGAGAUACCUGGUGGAGUUGCACUUACACCACAACCCAUGGAGUUGCGAUUGCGAUAUCCUCUGGCUCACCUGGUGGCUGCGAGAGUACAUCCCCACAAACUCUACCUGCUGUGGCCGCUGCCACGCCCCACUUCACAUGAGGGGAAGAUACUUGACAGAAGUGGAGCAAGGCACUUUCCAAUGCUCUCGUCCAGUGAUCCUGGAGCCACCACAGAACCUAAACAUCUCUGAAGGGAGAACGGCCAAACUGAAAUGUCGAACGUCCUCCAUGUCAUCUGUUCGGUGGUUGUUGCCAAAUAACACGAUAUUGAGUCAUGGCUCAACACAUCCCCGUAUGUCUGUAUUUAACAAUGGAACCCUAUACUUCUUGCACGUUUUAAUAACAGAUGCUGGUAACUACAAAUGUAUGGUCACCAAUGUGGCAGGGAAUGCCGAUGCAUCUGCCUUCCUCAGAGUUAGCAUGGCAGAGAUCAACACGUCAAAUUACACCUACUUUUCCACAGUUACCGUGGAAACAACACCUGAGACCGUCAGGACUAAAGUUCCGCCAUUUCUGUCGACGCCGCCCACUUACAAGCCAGCAUUCAUCUCCACUCCCACAGUGCUACUGCAGAGCACGAGGAGUCCCAAAACAGUGGUGGUGGUGCCCACACUGGCUGCCAUGGACACAUCUCGCACCAGCCUGGACGAAGUCAUGAAAACCACAAAGAUCAUCAUCGGAUGUUUCGUGGCGGUAACACUGCUGGCAGCUGCCAUGCUCAUAGUGUUUUACAAACUUCGCAAGCGGCACCAACAACGGAGCACGGUGGCGGCAGCCAGGACUACAGAGAUCAUUAACAUGGAGGAAGAUCUCACGCCAUCAGAAGGAGCUGUUGUCGUACCCUCAGUCCACGACCACAUGAACUAUAACACGUACAAACCAGCACAUGGGGCUCAUUGGACAGAGAACAGCCUGGGUAACUCGCUCAACACCACAAUACCUGAGCCAUUUAUUAUACAGACACAUACCAAGGAAAAGGUCCAGGAGACUCAGAUCUGACCUGUACAUUAUAUAUGUAUGUAAUAUAUAUAUAUAUAAUAUAUAUAAUAUAUAUAUAAUAUGUAAUAUACAUAUGUGUAUAUAUAAUAUAUAUAUAUAUGCAAUCGAAUGCACAAGGUGUCAGAAUUUUGUAAAAAGUGCAAACCCCAAGACUGUUUUCUUGUAUAUGCUUAUAUCAAAGCAACCAUGGCUGAUUAAAAAAGUGAUUAUAUAUAUAUAUAUAUACACAUAUAUAUAUAUAUAUAUAUAAAAUAAAAUAAACUAUUUUCUAACCUGUAACUUAUGUUUAAGAAGAGAAAGCUGUUCAAGACGCUUUCGUGACUUUGGAAAAAAAAAAUGAGCUGACCAGUUUAAAAAGGGCAUUCUGUAAUUUUUAAAGCCAAUGCUAUGAGGAUGCAGUCAAACAUAUUUAUAUGGAAAUUCUUUCUAAGCCCCAAAAUAUGACUUUACAGGUUUAUCUUGUAAAAGCACCAAUUUGUACUGUGCCAAAAUGUUAAAAGGCAAUAAAAAGGGAUUUUUUGAGAAGAGUUGAAUUAAUUUAUAAUGGAAGAAAAACAUCAACCUUUUCAUCUGAAUGAAACCAGCGAGGGCUCGUUCCACUUCAAGACAUUUUCUGUUUAUUUAUAAACACUCUUUUCUGCAUGCUGUGAUACUGUGAAUUCUAUAAAAUGGUGGAAGUCAGAUGAGUCUGCUAAUUACCGCAAAGCAUAAUCUUGCCGUGUGUGUGUGUGUGUCUGCACGCGUAUGUGUGGAUAGAGUGAGUAAGUGAUUGAUUGUGAGAGAGAGUGUGUGUGAAGAAAGAACAGAGACAAGAAUUACCGGAUGUGAGGGGGAAUGUGCAGUGUAACGCAAAGGAUUGUAAAAUACCUGCAACAGACCCCAAAAUAGGGGAGAAGGGAGAGAAUUGAAGCAUAUUAUGUGGCAAUAACCUUUUAACUUCUGCAGUAAGAAUGGAAUGCAUUUCUCAAGACUUGAGUGAUUUAUAAAACAGUGCAUACUGCUGGCAGCUUCACAAACGCUGCAUUCCAUUUGGAAGGCUUAGCUUUUUUUGUUGGCAGUCUCUUGCUGCAGUGUCUUAACUGAAGGACAUGUGGCAAUGAAAGAGUUAAACAUCAGUAUAUUAAAUGUUUCUAUUGAUCAUCUUCCAUUUCUGGUGAUUUAUUUUAAAAGGUGGUUCAAUUUGCUGAGUAUCAGGAAAAGAUUGUGCAGCUGGGGAAAGAAAUUUUUAUCAUUUUCAGAAUUGAAAUCAACACUAUUAAAUGAUGAAUAACAUUCCUGUCUGGUAUGAAUGGAAAACCUGAGCAUAAAGCCAGGGAUUUGUGCAAAUGGUUUGAAUGAUGUUUGCUUUAGCUCAAGUCUAUACCGAAAAUGCUCUGCUUGCUUCAAUUGGUGUAAUAUAUGAAUAGCAAUCUUAUUCUUGUAAAAGUUAUUUGAAUUUUACUGCCGUAAUCCAUCUGCUGACUAUGCUGCUUCUAACCCAGCAUUAGCAUGCAGAGAGCACUAGCUGCCUAAUUUAGAAUUUUCUAAAUGUCGACAGGAUGGAUUGAAACGGAAUUGCAGUUUCAUAAACCCGCAAGCAGUCAGGGCAGUAGACCUGCGUCAAAAGAAAUAAAUGCGCCAUGUUAAACCAUUAAAUUAGAUCCUCAAGAAUGGUGGUGAUUAAGGAAUUCUCAGUCCUACACGGUCUAACCAUAAAUGUGCCAUUGUGCUUUAUGCUGAUACGAGGAGGUGGGGUAGUAAAGUUGAUGCACCAAGCACUUUAAUCAGCUCAGGAUCUGCUGCUUCAAUACAGCAGACACUGGAACAUUCAUCACUAACUAUCAGAGACUGAUCGCUGUCCUACCAUUUUAGCAACGGUGGCUUUCAUUAUGCAUUAAUGGUCAUUCCUGCUUUCAAUUUACUAUAUAUUAUCAAUCACUUUGUCACAUCUAAUCAAUAAUGAUAUUCUGAGAUGUAUGAAUGAACGUACAGUUUGAGGAGUGCGUACAGAAAUGAUAUCUAUAUUUUUGUUGCAGUGCUUCUUAAAUCACGCAACCUUCAAACACUCUGUAAAACAAACGGAUCAUGCAGUCAUUAUUUGGUGUUCGGAGGGGUAGGUAGAUGAUUUUAAAAACUAGUGAAAGCAUAGUAAGAAUAAUAUCUACAGCAAAUGAGAUGUAGUAACUAGUUUAUUCCACUUUAACCACAAUAUUAAUAAGAUGAAUGACACUUUCUGCAUCAACUUCACAAAUGCAACAGGUUUCAUGCAGAGCCAAUGGGGAAAAAAAUGCUUUUAUCAUGUAUUAAAACAAUACCAAGAUAAACGAAGAAAUAGUUGGAGCAGUGUCUGAUAGCUUGGUCAUUAGAUUUUAAAGGAAGUUUGAAAAGUAGGAAAUGUUAUAGAUGCAGAGAGAUAUAGGGAAUGAACACCAAAAUGUAGGUCUGAGAUUAAGGAGUGAUGAAGUCAAGAAGAUGUGAGAUGAAAGUCUGAGAAAUUUCAAAUUCUCAGAAAGCUUUUCAACAGAAGAGUUUGCAGCUAUGUUUGGGGGUUGUCAAUAGAAAGUCUAUGAAAUCAUUUGAAGAUAGACACAAAGUCCUGUAGUAACUCAGCGGGUCAGGCAGCAUCUCUGGAGAAAAAGGAUGGGUGACAUUUUGGGUCAGGACCCUUCUUCACACGAUGAUUUGAAGAUAUUUAUUUUAAUUGUGAGCACUGAGUGUCAGGAAACAAUAUGUUAGGCAGUAAAUUAAAAAAAAAAUGCAGAUGAUGAAAAUUUAAAAUAAAAGCAGAAAAUUAUGGAAAUAGUCAGCAGGUUAAGCAGCAUCUGUCUAUAAAAAAACAGUGUUUAAGAAGGAACUGCAGAUGCUGGAAAAUCGAAGGUACACAAAAAUGCUGGAGAAACUCAGCGGGUGCAGCAGCAUCUAUGGAGCGAAGGAAAUAGGCAACGUUUCGGGCCGAAACCCUUCUUCAGACAUAUAAAAAAACAGUGACUGUAAAUGCUGGAGGCUAGAGCGAAAAUAAAAACUACAAGGAGGAACUCAGCAAGUCAGGCAGCAUCUGUGGAGGAAAGAUUUUCUGUUUGUUGUAAUUUCUUCCACAAAUGCUGUCUGACCCACUGAGUUCAUCCAGCAGUUUAUUUUUUUCCCCCCACAGAGAAACAGAGUUAACAUUUUAGUUUUAUGACCCUAUGUUGGAAUUUGGAGAAAACACACCAGUUUUAAUCUGCAGAGGGUGGGAGAGAGAUGGACAAAGGGAAUAUCGCUGAUCAAGGUCGCCAGUUUCACAGCAACCUGGGCCAGAUUUAUUUAUUUUGUUUUAUCCUCUCUUCAAACCAACUUGCUUUCUCUCCCAGUUCAGGUGGAGAAUCUUCAGUUUGAAACAAUAACAACUUGUUUCUCUUUUCACAGAUACUGACUAAUCUUCCUGUAGUUUCAGUUUUUUGGCAGCAUGUGCACUAGUUAUGGUUAACGUACAAUUUGCACACACUAUUUAAAUCUGAUCUAAGAUAUUGGUUUAAAUCUUAAGUGAUUUAUAAAAUUAUCAUUAGGUUCACUAAUAUCCUUCAAGAAGCCUGGAGAUUAUUCAGUUCCGUAUCCACUGAUGUGAUUUGACUUUUAAUUGCUGUUUUAGAUCAGGGACAAUUAGGAAUGGACAAUAAUAUUCCAGCUUUGCCAGUGAUGUCCACGUUAUGUGAAUGAAUUAUUUAAAAAAGGGCAUUACAACAACUAACAAAGUUCCAUGUGCUUCCAAUUUUAAUUAUCCCUCAAUGAAACAAAUGCAUGCCCUAUAAUAUAUACUUUCAUGAUGGUACAGUUUACAGUAUCUGCCUCAACCUUUUGACAGCUGCACCGCAAAUUAUGUUUCAGAAUUUAUAAAUCCAAUCGCACUUUCGAAGGACGACAGAAUGGGCAAAAACAGAAAAAAGAGAUUGAUAGAUAAGAACCUCUGACUGCCCUUGUCACUUUGUUUUUGUGUUUAAAGAAUCCAGUGACAAACACCCACGUAUUUGGAAAACAGGACCUGAGCAGAUUCAGCACCAUUCUUUGUGCGUGUCUGUGUGCGUAUAUUGGUGUGUGUGUGUGUAUGUGCCUGCAUGGACGUAUGUGCUCAAUUUAUUCAUAUCUUCAAAUAAGUAUCAGGUUUUCCAAGCUUGAGAUUUUUAUAGAAGGACCAGAUCAUUUCAAAACAAUUAUGAUGCCUUUAAACGAUUGUAAUGCACAUUAAUGAGAUUAGAUUUAACCUGCUAAUAAAUGAUCAAAUUAUACCCUAAACUUUCUGUGGGUGAAUUUCACCAUCCACCUCCUCCUCACCCCAUCAGCUAUCAUUUAAAAAUCAAUUAUAAUGCACUUCAAAAUUUUGGAAUUGAAAAUUAUUUUAUUUUACAAAUUAUUUAAAGUGGACUCUGUACAUUCUACUGCUGUUCCACCUUUGCAACACGGGCUUACUGCAGUAUCAUUUUCUGCCAAACCAGGCACAAGAAGCCAUUUGCUGGGCUUUGCAUUUAUUUUCAUUUCACCGACACUCUCUCAGGUCCAAGGGUCUGUACAUACAUAUCGACUAAUACAACGUUCCAAGGAUCUACAAUGACUAAUCACUAAUUUUUCUUAUUCACUCAUGAUUUUUAGUUUUCUUUAGUGAAGAAAGAUGUAUAUAUUUAUUGGGUAAGGAUUUUGAAAUGCGCUUUAUGUUUUGUUGGUAAUCUGCUCAAAUGUAUAUUAUUUGUAUUGCUUUUAAUUGCCCAGUUUCUUUAUUGCUAUGGAUAUAAAAAUAUCAUACUCUGGCUCACAAGUUGAAAGAAUUUACAUUUUCCAGUGAAGUCUUCAUAUUGGUGUAGCAUUGUUUAUCGAUAUAAUAAUGUUACAUCUUUCAGAGUAAAACCCCUGUAUUAUUAUGGUGGAGGAAAAAGGUGAGAAAAGAUUGCAUAUUCCACUAAUCAGUACCUUUCCCCUGCAGAGUGCACGAAGGUGAGGGGAGAAUUUGUUCACUUGGAAAGGGUUCCUAAAUAGCCAUUGAGCAAUGUAGCAAAAAUGUGAACACAUCAGCUGAGCUAGAAAGAUAUUUUAACCAUUUUUACAGCCACGUUCAGAAAGUCUGUUUUAAAUUUAGGGUGCAAAUAAUGAAUUCUUAUCCCUCAAAUAUUUUCAUGUUUAUUCUUGGGAUGAUUUGUACAAAUGAUUGAAAGCAAUCAAUUUAUAUCUGAACUUAAUCACACAACUCAUGUGUAAUCCACAUAUCUUAAAUCCACUAGUCUUUAUUACCCAUUUGGUGCAGACCUCUACCGAUGGAGGCACUGUGUCAAAUGUGUUGCUCUGUGUUUAUUUUAUUCAUUGUUGGCAGGGUCCUGCAUUUAUUUCUCAAACCCAUUUGCCGCAGAACAGCUGACAUCUUAAACUGCUGCAAUCCUUUUAGUGAAGGUACUUGCACAGAACCGUGGGGUGGGAGUUCCAUGAUUCAGAACAGCAACAACAGGGGAGGGGAGCAAUGGAUUUACUAGUCGGUGAUGUGUGGGAACCCACAGGAAUGGUGUUUCUAUACACCUGCUGCCCUUGUCCUCCUUUAUGUUAGAGGUCUUGCAUUUGGGACGUGCUGUCAAAGUAGCCAGGGCAGGGAAAUGGAGUGCACUUUGCAGGUGGAACACACUACAGCCACUGUGGGAACAAAUAUUUGAGGUGGUAAAUGGGGCGCCAAUCAAGCAGGUCGCAUUGUCCUUUUUCAUAUCAAACUCGGUGAGAUUUAUUGGUGCAGCACUCAUCCAGGCAAGUGGAGAGUAUUCCAUCAUGCUUCUGGCAUUGCUUUAAAUGCUGGAAUAGCCUUGGAGAGUCAGGAGAUGAAUAACUCACCACAGGACAUUCAGCCUCUUAUUUUUAUUUUUUACCAGAUUCUUACACAUUCCUACACCAACAUUCUGACACAGGACAUUCAACCUAGGUUCUGCCCCUUAUUAAAUUUGUGCUUUUCUAAAGAGACAAUAAGACGGUUUACCAUUUUCUUUUCAAUAAUUUGGUAAAAAAUAAAAUUAGACUAUCCGAUCUGUA